CUCUUCUUCUGCCGACCCUCUUUCUUCCUUUCUUCCUUUCUUUCUCUUCUUCUUCUUCUUUCACUUUCACUUUAUUUCUACAUUAUUCAAUCAUGAAGUUCUCCCUUGCCGCCACCUCUGCUCUCGUAUUCGCCACCCUCUUUUCAGUCGUCAAGGCUGAUGAAUAUGCUGCCAUCCAAAAGGAAUGGUGUGGUGGUCUCUCUGUACCUUUCCCUAGUGCUUCUACUGUUGUAGUUGCCGGUUCUUCCACAAAGGUUACCGUCUCCAGAGUUCCCAAUAGCCAUGUCAAGACUGUUACUGGACUUGAUCUUUACUCUGUAGACAAGAAAGGAAAGCCCAAGUACGUCCAGAACAUUUGGGCCGGUAGCUACAAAUUGAACAAGUCGGCUUCGAUCCCCGACACUAUUCCCAAGGCCUCUGCUGCCGGUCUCUACUACUACCGUGUGUGGGUCAGCAACAGCAUCAACGGAAUGCGUGGUCCUGACUGUAUCGAGACCUCCCACACUUUCAAGGUCACCUCCAGCUCCCACAGCAACGCCGACGGUUCUAUUGGCUAUGCCGAGGCUCUGACCGAUGCUUCUUACUACCACCCUGAUUUCUUCAGAGGCUGUUUCGGUCUCACCGUAGAUUCGCCCCAGGAAGGUCAGACCUACAAGCUCGGUGAGCAUCUCCGCAUCACUGCCAACCGUGACACUUCUUCCCAGACCGACAACCUCUACAAAGUCACUCUCUACAAGAACGUCGAGAACGGUGAAGCCGAGGAGAUCGAUGCUGUCUGGCAGGGUAACGAGAUCUUUGGUGAUGCCUUCACCCUCAAGGACCAUCUUGUAUUGCCCGAUGGAAAGCUUGAUGAGGCUGCUGACUACUUUUACAAGCUCGAUGUCGGAUCCAACAAAGAUACCGAGUUGUGUUCCUUCAACUCCAAGCUCUUCAAGAUCUCCAGCGCUUAAGAAACCAUUUUUGUUUUCUUUAUAUUUCCCUUCUUUCUCUUCUGUACACCAAACACCCAAACACAUAAACACACACCUUCACACCUUUACAUCAAAUCAAAGCAAAUCAACAUUUAUUAAAACAAAAGAAAGAGAGAAAGAACCCUCUUUUUAUCUUAUUUUAUACUUG